AUGCAAUAUGUACCAUUAAGAUCGACAUAUAAAGUAGGUACUCGGCAAAGUGAAUUAGCUCUUAUUCAAACGGAAAGUGUCAUUGCUCAACUUAAUAAAUUUUAUCCAAAUAUUAAAUAUGAAAUAAUUAAAAUAAAAACAAUUGGUGAUAAAAAUCUUGCAACACCAUUAGCUAAUAUUGGUGAUAAAGGUUUAUUUACCAAAGAACUUGAAAUUGAACUUGAUCAAAAAAAUAUUGAUUUUGUUGUUCAUUCACUUAAAGAUGUACCAUCAACAACUUUACCACCAAAUAUGAUUAUUGGUGCUAUACUUGAACGUGUUGAUCCACGUGAUGCUGUUAUUAUAGCGCCAUGGCGUCAUGAAAAAUCUUUAAAUGAAUUACCACCCGGUAGUGUUAUUGGAACAAGUUCAACGCGUCGUAUUGCACAAUUGAAAUUAAAUUAUCCACAAUUUAAAUAUAAAAAUAUUCGUGGAAAUAUGAAUACACGUUGGGAAAAAUUGAGCAAUAAAGAACUUGGUUAUGAUGCUAUGAUUGCAGCUGUUGCUGGUUUUCAACGAUUGAAUUGGACAGAUCGUAUUAGUGAAAUAAUUGAAUCAGAUUGUGUUCUUUAUGCUAUUGGACAAGGUGCACUUGGUAUCGAAUGUCGACAUGAUGAUAAUGAUAUAAUUCGAAUGUUAUCAGUACUCAAUCAUGAACCAACAGCUAUUUGUUGUAUUGCUGAACGAGCCUUUUUAAAAAGAAUUGAAGGUGGUUGUAGUAUCCCAAAUGCUGUUCGUACAGAAUACAAUGGCAAUGGUUUAAAGAUUAAUGGUAUGCUACUCAAUCUUGAUGGAUCUCGUUAUGUUAAAGACUACAUUGAAAAUUCAAAUUUAACUAUAUCAAUGACAACACCAAUUCCAAGUUUUCUUGUUUCACAAACAGAUGAUGAUAAUGAUUUAUUAUUAACUGAUGAUAAUAUACAAUCUUAUCCAAUAAAUUUAAAACGUAAACGUACGGAUUCAAGUAGUGAUGUUGUUCUCGAUCCAGAUUCUACAACGACUUCUUCAACAAUAGAAAAUGUUUCUUUACUUCGUCAUUAUGCACAUGUAUGUUGUAUCAAUACACAUGAAACAAUAUUAGAAAAUGCGGAAUUAUGUGGCACAAAUCUAGCAGUUAAAUUAAUGCAAAUGGGUGCUGAUAGUAUAUUAGAAGAAAUUCGUCAUAAUGUUACUAUCACUCCUAUUCAACAAUAG